CGUAUAGGUAGUGCUGCCGCCUACUAAUGUAGUCUAUACUGGAGCGGCUGCGCGACGCGCUAAUUUACGGAAGCCCGAUCAAGACGCAGCUAGAGAAUAUAUUUACUCGAUAUAGUUGCCGCGCGGAUCGAACAAACAUCACCUUUUAAUCGGAGUACUCCAAAAUAUAUAUCGCAAAGUGCGAAUCCGCCUUCAAUCUUUGCAGCAGCUUAUAUAGCUAUAUCUGUUUUCUCCUCCGAUGCUCCGGUUUAUAUGGAUAAGUGAUUAGAGAUGAAUUACGCGAGAAGAAUUCGUGAAAGCCCGUGACAUUGACAGAGGAGUAUAGGUUACUCCGAUAUGCAAUAUUAAACUGCAGUAUAAGCUGCUAAUAGUUCAUGUGCUUAGUCAGCGAAAAGACCCAGAAGAUGCAUCGUGCAACGGUGAAGAUCAAUGAGAUCCCUACGGAGAUCAUCACUUACAACCGUUGGAUCGAGGAGGGUAUUGCUGUUGGCGGAAGAAAGGAUGUUGUCAUAGUUAUAACUGGAAAUCCUGGAGUUCCAGAUUUCUACAAGGGUUUCGCUGAGCAGUUACAGGCUAAACUGCCCAGCGAGGUACCAAUAUGGAUUAUUGGUCAUACAGGGCACACAAAGACACCUGAUAAUUUGCCUAACUGCUAUCCAGACACCAAACCUGCGAGGCAUCUGUAUGAUUUGAAGGGCAAUUUGAAACACAAGAUAGAAUUCAUUAAACAGUAUGUCCCAGCAGAUGCAAGGAUUCACAUCAUUGCGCACUCCAUUGGCAGUUGGUUCACCAUAAACCUUCUCAGAGAGACAGAAAUUGCUGAUAGAGUAGUCAAAUGCUACUUGCUGUUCCCCACCAUUGAAAGAAUGGCAGAAAGUCCUACAGGUCGAUUCCUGACUGGUAUAGUGUUAAGAAUAGCUGCGGUGAUCAUAUUUCUCAGCUGGAUUUUCACACUGUUGCCUUAUCUACUGCAAGUAGUCCUAAUCCGUGUAUUUGGUUUAUUCUAUGGUAUCCCAGCCCACCAAACAGGGGCAGUGCUACAGUUAGUACACCCUAUUCCACUAAAACGAAUUUUCUUGCUGGCUAAGGAUGAGAUGAUUCUUGUCAAGGAGCUUGAUGACAACCUUAUAUCCCAGCACAAGCGCAAGCUCUUUUUGUACUAUGGUGCCAAUGAUGGUUGGACACCCAUACGGUACUAUGAGGACCUCAAGGCUAAGUUUCCGGAUAUAGAUGCUCACCUCUGCAGACGAGGCUUCCAGCACUCAUUCGUACUAAAGGUAGAGCACUCUGUGGAGAUUGGCAAGAUGAUUGGGAACCUCAUUAGCGAAUCUAUCUCGUCCCUGGGAUAAUUAUUUUAAAUCUGAGAGGCUUUUUUAAAAGAUCUUAUCACUUUCUGCACACCUAUUUGUCUCUGCAAUCAAAAUGAACCUUUGAUACAUGUUAAAUGACUUUAACCCAAUGUUAAUUAUUGGAAUGAUACCGCAAUUAUUACACGGUGAUGUUAUUUAUGGUAAUGGUUAUUUAUUUAAAUAGAUAAGACUGCAUUUAAUUUUAUAUGACUGGUCAUGAUGGAUUGAUAAUGUGAUAUACUAUAAUUGUAUAGUUUUAGUAACGUUUUUUGUACGAGAAUAAAAUAUUGUGCGCUUACAUAAAAUAAAAAUUAAGUUUUUACUUAUA